AUGAAUGAAGCACAGCAUAAGAGGACUGGUGUCAGUCAAGACUUGAAGUGAACACUCAGUGAACCCCACAGAUUUUUUGCAACAAGUAACUGCGUCAACUUCAAAAACUUGGCCUUGGUUUGCGCAUAUUCCAUCGCUGAAUUGCUCUGGUGCUAUCAUACAUCAACGAUGGCUCUUAACUUCGUCCAAUUGCUUCACAAAGAUGACAUUUCCUUCUCAAUUAUUAAUACAAGCGCAAAAUUACGAGACAAUGAAAAGAAACGAGGAAGAUACCGUUAUGGUGAGCGUUAUUGAUUACGUGAACUCUAGAAAAUAUGAUUUGGCUUUGCUGUAUUUGUCACAAAAUCCCUUCACGGCGAACGUUAUCACAAUGCGCGCAAAAUAUGCAAAUACACCUAAUAGUGCGGUAGUCGUAAAUUGGCAUUCACACCACACAAACGAUGCUGGUUAUGCAGAAAGGACUUUCACAUUACCAGUAGAUAUUGUAUCAUGUAUCGACAAAAACAUCUCCCGUUUGUGCAUGUCUUUUCGUGGAAAUAGUAGCUAUAAUGUUAACGAAUAUUGCUCACGAGUGAACCUUGGGAGUCCUUUAAUCGUUUUUAAUGAAGGUGGAGUCAUCUCACUGGUCGGUGUGCUCCAAAAAAAGACAAUAUGCGGAGCGCAAAAUAAUGCAAUUGUUGGAGAGUUCACUUAUGUUUACCAAGAUAUGGAGUGGAUUCGUAAAAUGUUUCUUAUCAAAGAUUAUCCACAAUGCAAGCCGAGCGUUUAUCAAACUUUAACUCACGCAUCACGUGACCUUAGAAAUGCACGUGAAAACUCUCGUAACACAAUCUGUGACACUAAUCUAACACGUACGUGGUAUAGAUUCAUACUUAAUGGUCAAUCAGCCGAACUACCAAACACCUGUCCACCCUCCAAUGCAUGUGGUACUCCUUCAUCUGUUUGGUUACCUCCCGCAUAUGGUGUCAAACUUGGAGAGCAGAUAAGAGUAAAAGCGUGUGCUUCGUGGAUCGUAGGAAAUCGACAAAUUUGCUGCUUCUGGCGGUUACCAAUAUUUGUGAGACAUUGUGGCGAUUUUAAAGUUUAUUUACUGCAGAGAACUUACUUCUGUCCAACAGCAUACUGUGCUAAAGCCGUUAAAAGACUUUGCAAUCCAGGGCAGCGAGAUCUCAAACAUAAUUGCCAAGAUAUGUAUCCUCCGCUGCCAAAAGUGCUGCACUUAUAUCCAUUCUCUGGAUAUUUAGGUCGACCUUACCGUCGACCAUAUGUGUACAUACGUUGUUUAUUCCGUGUUGCAAAACGCGAGGAAAACGUCAAAUAUCUUUUUUAUUUGUACAAAAUAACUCGUGGAAAGGAUGGGAAAAUUUGGAGGAACGUAAUUCACAGAAAAGAGACUUCUCGUACAUACUUUGAUGUACAAGUUUUACCGGAACGAUUUGCUCUUGGUUUUGGAGAUACGGUAAUUUGUAACGUACGAUCGUUUUUCAGGAAUUCAAACUUCAUCAAGAGUCCAGUUUUGACCAGUCAAAGCUUUUAUUUUGGCGUGACGGUAAAACCUUCCAGUAAGUUGGUCAUGGCAUACGCACAAGUCAUAAAUAUUACAUUCACCAUACGGUUGCCCGUUUUUUGUCGAACUUCACAGACAAACUGCUCUUUGAUAAUUCCUUUGAAUACAUCGAUUUCUGAUGAUGUUACGGAAAACCAAGAUAGUAUUUCUGGAUCGUAUUUUUCUUUAUCUAAAUGUUCUCUGGUGUUCAAACCAUCUCGUUGCAAUCGAGAAACAACCGAAUGUGGUCAAGAUAUUAUUCAAUUACGUGCUCGAAAAAACUUUGGAAAAUCCUCCAGGAAAUUAACAAUUAGACUUGGUCCGAUUGUUACCACUGAUAUUUUGUGGAGAAAUCAUAAUUUACCUGUCGUUGAGGCUAAGUUGAAGCCAAAUUCACUUCGUUCGUGUUAUUCUGUUGGAGCAUCAUACAUUAUGACAUUUGACGGAAGCUUCCACAAGCAUUUGGGUGAAGGGGAAUUCAUAUUAUAUCGCAAUGUUAACACAUCAACCGAAGUGCACAUAAAGAAAUGGCGUUGUGGCGUGAUGGCUUUGUGCGUGUGCGCUGUCGCAGUUCAGAAUAGAGAUGAAGUAAUUUUUGCAGAUUUGUGUCAUGGUCGGUAUGGAAAGUCAAGUUUGCGGUUUAUUCUACCCUCAAGAACUCCGUUGCAGAAUGGCACUAGAAUUUUAAAGUCAAACAACGGAAAAUCAUUUUCAAUUUACCUUCUGUCUGGAGACACGGUUAACAUUGAUGAAUUUCACUGGGGAAUCAAUGUUCAUUUGUCUGUCUUUGAUUCUAAGGGAGAGGGUUUAUGUCGAGGGAAUUUUGUCCAUCAGAAAGCAGCAAGAAGUUUGUUCAAGUUUGUGUCCACAAUGUCCUCGUCGUCUUUCACAAGUGACUCUGGUCAUUGCAUGUGUUUUGGUAUCAAUUCAAGAUACGGGUCUAAAGAAAGCUGCACUUUUUACAAUGUCUUAAAGCCUUCAAAUGAUUUACGAGACUUUACGAAAACUAUUGUUGGCAAACAGCCUGUACUUUUGAAAGGAUUUUUGUUGAAGGAAAACGUGAAGUUACAAGAUGAUCACAACAUACAAUCUGAUCAACCAAUUCAAUCGGUCGGUUUUGAAAAAGGACAAGAAAUUUGUUAUAACGUAUUGAACGCUACACUUGCACUACAAUUUUGCAAAAACAUUGUUGGUGAACGACUCUGGCGGGAGAUUUGGCAGACUUGUGUGGAAGAAAGUCAGGAAGGUUUGGAUAUGGACCUUCUUAGAUCUAAUGGUGAAACAUUAUCGUCAAUUUGCAAGCAAAAUAUUGAAGAAAUGAAAGAUAAUGAACUCUUAUUUAUGAAAUGGAAGUACGAGCUAUGUGAAAAUCGAUGUAGUGUGAAUGGUCAUUGUCAUCAAGGAGUUUGUAAAUGUAACUCAGGAUAUGUCUCAAGUGAUUGUUCGAUGAAUUUGGCAACAACUCCUACAUUAUAUCCGCUUGUUGAUUCUCUUUGUGACGCACGUGAGGAUAUUUGUGAUGAAAUCUUUAUUUCUGGAUCGAUAUUCCUGAACUAUGGAUCUCUGUCGUGUUUAUUCACACAUCUACGACAAAACGGUGAAAGAUGGGAUGAAAUUGAGUCGGAAUCAUUCACUGCUAAAGCUAUAUAUUACAGUGCAAGUGGUGUGAUUUGCAAGAUCCCGGAAAAUAUGAAGUUAAAAUCUUUGAAAUCUCUUGAGCCAAUGCACAUUCGCGUUUCUAACACUGGCGACGACUGGAGUAAUCCCAUCUUUAGAAUGGCCUUUGAUAGCGUGUGUAAAAGCUGCUCUAGUGAAGAGCAGUGCAUCACCAAACCAGGAACUUGCUCCGUCAACAUGCGAUGUUUUUUACACGGCGAUGCAUCACCUACAAAUUCAUGUUUGAGAUGUUUAUCGAACAUCAAUUCUGAAGAUUGGACACCUCGCUUAGACAACUUGCCACCUUUGUUUACCUAUCCUAAAGAAACCAGUCUGAGUGUAAUACUAGGGGAUGAGGUCAUAUUUUUCGUAAAUGCUACUGAUCCUGAAGGCGAAAAAGUGCAUAUAAUGCACGAUGCUCCUGAGGGACACCUUGGAUCCAACGGUGUUUUCCGAUGGAGACCCGUUAAUUUAACGAGGCGGACCAUUGAGUUUUUAGUCAGCGAUAACUGUGGACAAACUUCCUCAAAACAUGUCAAUAUCAAUGUCAAAACUUGUCCUUGCAGAAAUGAUGGGAUAUGUAUUAAAAUUUCCAAGAGUACACACAGAUGCGAUUGUCUGAAAAAUUUUCGAGGUCGUUACUGUGAAGAAAGAAUACCAUUAUGUGAACGGAGUCCGUGUUUACAUGGCAAAUGUGAAGAAAACGGAGACAUUUUCAACUGUAUCUGUAAUUCAGGUUUUUAUGGUGACUUGUGUCAUCUUAAAAUACCCUCCUGCUAUUCUAAUCCCUGCGUAAAUGGUGAAUGCGUGGAGGUUGGGGAUGCGUUUAGAUGUAUUUGUCCUGAAUUUUACAAUGGAAAGCUAUGUCAUAUUCAACGAGACCCAUGUGACAAGAAUCCUUGCGUACGAGGAAGCUGUCGAAGCUACAAUUUUACAUCAUUUAAAUGCUUUUGCUCACCAGGGUUUCAUGGGAAAUAUUGUUCAAGACGAACUACCGCUUGUCAACCAAACCCAUGUAAACGUGGUCGUUGCAUCAAUAUGGGCGGAAGUAAUAUGCGUUGCCUCUGUCCAGAAAAAUAUUUUGGAAAAUUUUGCAAUAUGACGAAGCAGUUUUGUGGUAAAGUGCGUUGCAUAAAUGGUGCCUGCAAUGCAACCAGUAAAAAAUGUGUAUGUUAUGGUAACUACAUUGGAAAACGAUGUGAUAACUUAUGUAAACUUGACUGUAAGAAUGGUGUGUGUUCGUGGACUCAACAUGGACCUGCUUGUCAGUGUCACUUUGGUUAUACUGGACCAAGUUGUGAGUAUACUGUCGAACCUUGUGAAUCGAGACCGUGUAAAUAUGGCAUUUGUAUGAACGUUAACAAGAGCUACCAGUGUCAUUGUUACCGUGGCUACAGCGGUCCUUUAUGCAACAUUUCGGCUUGCAUGACAACGAACUGUAACAACGGCUCAUGUAUUUUGGUAAGCGGUUUGCCAAUUUGUCGAUGCAAUAGAAACUAUGUCGGUAGUCGUUGUGAACGACAAAGAUCACCAUGUGACGUUAAACCUUGUGUGAAUGGUGUUUGUGUUGCAAAAGGUGAUUCAUUUGUAUGUUCGUGUGACUUUGGUUAUCGAGGCCUACUAUGUGAUCGACAGUUUGAUCCUUGUUGGUCAAAGCCCUGUGGUAAAGGGAUGUGUACAUCUACCCGAAACGGGACAUUUACGUGCAACUGCCCGCAUGGUUAUCUUCAGCCUGAUUGCAAAAAGAGAGUAAGUCCUUGCUACUUGAAUCCAUGCGUCCAUGGUCAGUGUGUGCCACUUUCCGAUGGUCAUUUUCGCUGUUUCUGCCAACGAUCAUUCGUUGGUCGUUUUUGCGAAAAGCGUUUUGAUAUCUGUGAGUCUAACCCGUGCAUAAACGGUCGUUGCUCGUCCGUUAUUGAAGGAACGUUUAGUUGCACGUGCUAUCCUGGCUUCUCCGGUGCGUUAUGUCAAAUUGAUGUUAGACCUUGCGCUAGGAAACCGUGUUUCCAAAACGUCAUGUGCGUAAAUGUUGGUGAGUCCUCUUUCAGAUGCGGGGAAUGUCCGACUGGAUACACAGGCGAUGGAAUCAAAUGUAAAGAAGUUAGGAUUGUUUCAUCAAGUAGACCAUGUUCUCGACAGUUGUGUUUUCCCAAUGUCGAGUGCACUAUUGUUGACUCGCAAAUCCACUGCGGAACUUGUCCGCAAGGGUACCAUGGCAAUGGCUUUCAAUGCAGAGCCAGCAGAGUGUCUUGUGACCCACCAUGUCAAAAGGGUGAAAAGUGCGUCGCACCUGGUGUCUGCAAAUGUCAACAAGGCUUUCUUGGGAUCACGUGUGCUCGAGCCUACUGUAGGAACGCUUGUUUGAAUGGUGGACGCUGCAUAGCCCCAGGGAAAUGUCGAUGUCCCCAAUCUUAUGGCAAACGAUGCGAAAAGGCGCAAUGUAAUGUGAAAUGUCUUAAUGGUGGAAAAUGCAUUCCUCCAGGGAAAUGCCGCUGUUCUCCUGGUUACAGAGGGCGCACGUGUGAUCAAGCUCUUUGCCCAUUGGGAUGUCUAAAUGGAGGUUUUUGUGUGAAACCAGGAAUAUGUCAGUGUUUGCCUGGUUAUUUUGGGAUAAGGUGUCAGGAAGGUACGUGCUCUCCUCAGUGUCGAAAUGGUGGGAUUUGCGUUCGAAAUAACGUUUGCUUAUGUACUGACGGAUAUCGUGGCAGUCGAUGUCAAUCAGCGGUGUGCCGGCGUGAAUGUAAAAAUGGUGGACGGUGCUUUAAGAAAGAUCAAUGCUCAUGUCCUUAUGGUUAUUGGGGAGAUAUAUGUCAGCAUGCUCAUUGUCGACGCAAGUGUUUAAAUCGUGGUAUUUGUAUAAAGCCAAAUGUUUGUCUUUGUCCUAAAGAAUAUUCUGGACUACGUUGUCAAUAUCGCGUGAGAUAAAAAAAGUGCACUGUAUAUACGCUGCUAGUGUUGCACCGUGAAAGGAUCCUUCUUUUCAUGCUGUUGCAUGGUACUAAAGGUUUGGUUACUUCAGGUCAGCUAUGUUGCAUGACGGACAAAGCCUGCUAACAUAUACCAUUUACAUUUAAUUUUGAUGGGGAAAUUACAACCAUGCAUUUACGCGACACAUAUUUUGAUUAUAUUUGCAAUGAAAGUCAGUUAUUGCAAGUGAUUCAGUUCAUUUUAGAUUUAUUCAUUUCAUGAAAUACUUAAACAGUGUAUGUUGUGUCGUGUUUAUGUUACAGUUAUAUUGAUAACUCCAGUCGUUUUAAACAGUCUAGAAAAUAGUCAAUGCAUGCUAUGCUAUGCACGUGUUCACUGCAUGUUAUCAUGAGAAAUGUUAUUUAAUGUUGCACUUGAAGAUGUUGAAUUCAUGUUUUGGAA